AUGCUCUUGUCAGCUCUAACCAAAAGAGCCCUAGUUGGGUACACUUCCCACCACGCUGCCUCUGAAUGUCUCCAAACUGCUGCGUUCAAAAGAUAUUUUUCGUUUUCGUCGUUCAGCAGGGCACCAAAGAACUCUGCAUCGAACCCCGAAGAUACCUCAGACAACCAAUGGAGCUCCAGUGAAUCAGAAGCCUCCUUUGAUGGAUCCAAUUCCUCGUCAUCAGCAGGUGCUGCUUCUUCAACGUCUGCAUCAUAUAACUACGACAAGUCUUCGAUUGAUAGGAUAGUCAAUUUCAAUGUGGCGGUGGCUUUUCAACCUAAGAAUCGUACAAAGUCCAAUGUAUUCACAAGAAACACUAAGCUUACACCAGCAGAAUUGCUGCCCUCGGGCGAGGAUAACUUGUUCGUAACGACACAGUCUUCGGAUGGCUACUUUGCUUUGGGUGUAGCUGAUGGCGUCGGCGGAUGGGCUGAAGCCGGGUACGAUUCCUCAGCCAUUUCUAGGGAACUCUGCCACAGUAUGAAGACCAUCUUUGAGAAUGCAUCCAAACAACACUCUCUCACACCCAAAUCUCUUCUUUGCAGUGCUUUUGAUGAGAUUGCUAAAUCCCCAAAAGUGGAAAUUGGUGGAACUACUGCAUGUCUUGGAAUCAUAUCCCCUGAUAGAAAACUCAAGGUAGCCAACUUGGGUGACUCUUGGUGUGGUGUAUUCAGAGACUGCAAGCUCGUGGAGGAGACUCAAUUCCAGACUCACAACUUCAACACUCCUUAUCAGUUGGCAAAAAUUCCGCAACAGAUUUUGCAGGCUGCAGCUCGUCAGGGCAAGAAAUACAUCACCGAUUCACCUCAACAGAGUGACGAGUACGCUUGGCAACUUCAAAAAGGAGACCUUGUGCUUUUUGCUACCGAUGGUGUCACUGAUAAUGUUGUUCCGCAAGACAUCGAGGUGUUUUUGAAGGACAAAAGAGACAAGAAGGCUCCGUUGGCUGACACCGCCACAAGCUUGGUCAAGGAAGUUGUCAAGGUUUCUAAGGAUCAGAAUUUCCCGAGUGCCUUUGCUCAAGAGUUGUCCAGACUUACCGGUCAAAAAUAUUUGGGUGGAAAAGAAGACGAUGUAACAGUAGUUAUGGUAGAAGUGCUUUAA